GCAUGAACCCGCUCGAAACGUUUCGACUCGUCGUCGUGUACCUUCUUCCCGCGCUGCUCGCGCUGCUGCUCGGGACGCCGUCGUCCCCGGCCGGCGCCUCGCCAUCGUUCCCUAGUUCCAACGACGCCAACGCGCGCCGUGCGCAGCCCGGGAGCGCGGCGGUUUUCGUCGAUGGAAGCGUCACCCAAGGCAAACCCGCGGGCGUCGGCGUCUGGUACGGAGUCGGUCAUCCGCUGAACUUCGCCGCCGCGCUCCCGUCGCCGACGUUCGACGACAACAACCUCGCGGAGCUCGCGGCCGUGUUCGUCGCCCUCAUCCGACACCCGCGUAACGCGCCGAUGAAAAUACACACCGACAGCGCGUACGUGAUCCAGACGCUCAACCCCGAUCGAAGUCCGACGAUGAACCGAUGUCGGCGGUCGUCCUCACCCGCGCGACGCUCGGGCGACGGGUCAGCCGCCGGGUCCGCCGCCGCGCGCCGCGCGUUGACGCGCGCCGCGAGGCUCCUGCUCCGCUGGCGCGCCGCGGCGACAUCGUUCCGCAAGGUUCGCGGCCACGUCGGCGAUGUCGGCAACGAGCGCGCCGAUCGCCUCGCCGCGCUGGGCUCGAGAUCCGCAUUUGUCGCGGCGUUCGUUCCCGCCACCGCGACGGACCUGUUCUCGCCUUUCGGCCGAUGCGCGUGGUGGCCAGAGCUGCUGAGGUUCCUGUCUGGGGAGGAUGGGGUCGGGCGCGGGGCGAUCGUCGAGUCGGGUGGGGCGCGGGACGUCCCGGGUUCGGGUCGGUUGGCGACUCAAGGUUGACGAGUUAAGUUGGUGACGUGCACGAGGGACGGCGUGGUGACGUGCGCGUCUCUACUGGAGUGACGUGCUCGUUCCCCGCGACGGACGCGGGCGCCGUGAAAACGUCGCCGAAAUGAUAGCAAUGUAUUAUACGAAGGUAAUGUAGAUCAUGUUC